AUGCCCCCCAAGAGGCGCGGUGGUGCUGCCCCCUCAUCGCGCACCAGCGCGACAACAACCCCGAGGAAACCUCGCCAGUCCAAACUUGCGAAAGAAAACAACAUCACCGCCGAAGAAGAAACCGAGAUAAAAGAAGCAUUCCAUCUCUUCUCUAUCAAGCACCAGCAUGGCGAGUUCAAGGAUGAAAAGGAAGGCGUUAUCCGGAGAGAGGAUGUUCGCAAGACGCUCGUAGCCCUCGGCCUCCCCCCUACAGACUCAUCCGAACUCUCCUCCAUCCUCUCCGCCGUCGAUCCGACCUCGACCGGUUUCGUCCCCUACCCACCGUUCCUGUCCGUCGCGGCCGCCAAGCUCGCAGCGAAAGAUGUAGAGGAUUACGACGCCAUCGAGGCUAAUAUCGACAUCGCCUUUCAGCUCUUCACCCGUGGCUCUGGCGGACCCAUUACACUCGGUCAUCUUAGAAGCAUCGCGAGGGAACUCAAGGAGGAUGAUGUCGGGGAAGAGCUGUUGAAGAAUAUGAUUCUUGAGGCGAAUGGGGGCGCUGGUAUUCACGCUGGCGUUACUAGGGACGAGUUUAGGGAGGUUAUGAAACGGGCUGGUGUUUUUUGA